ACAAAAAUGGAAUUAGUAAAUAACGUACAAAGACAUAUACUUACUCAACAGUUACAUACAUAAGGAAUAAAGAACCCUAUCAUAUGCAUAGAUGGCAAAUAUUCCAAGUGUUUAAAUGAGCAAAUCCGUUUAAGCCAUUGGUAAUAUGAAAUAUUCAUAAAGGCAAAUCCAAAACGUGCGACUACGCAGGAAUUUCCCGUCAAGAAGACACGCGUGAAGUACGUACAAAUACCGCAUUAAUGUAUGUGUAUAUGUGCAUAUGAGUAAGUGAGAGGCUGGGUAAUGACGCCGAGUGCGUGACUGUCGACAGCAAUCAUCAUAUCUAGUAGAGAAUCUGCACCACCGUCAAUCACGCCAAUGUCAACAGUUCGUCUUCAACAAGUGCAACACAUCCAUUAUCAUUACCAAAAGGAGCAACAACAGACAACACAGCAGCUCAGCAACUCAGCAGCCCAGCAGACAACAGCGACGCAAGCGCACAGAAAUAAAUUUAAAUAAUGCUUGUAACUGGCUUUUUAAUGCAUUCUAUGCCGAUUUAAGUGAGCUCGUGCCACCAUCUCAACCACUUAAGGCAGCCGCUACCCGAUCAACGCUCGAAACUUAGGAACCUAUUGCCAACAUCGAAGUGGGUGCGCCAACCACAGCGACACUCGUAAAAUAUUUGAACUACACAUAGAGAAGGUAACCGAGAGAGAGAGGAAGGCACAAAAAUGUUCGAUACGAAAUGGUUGCCCGCCGCCUGUGGCAGUUUGGCACCCGCUCUUAUACCGCCCGCGCACAUGUUGGUGUUGGCCUACUUUUGGGAAAAUUACUCGCGCUACGUUGAUAAGCACUUUUGUACAUGCUCCUGCUGGGACACCAUAUUCAAGGGGCCCUACGAGUCGGGUGUUGCCUCGUAUAAGCAUCUCUACUUCAAUGUCACACAAAAUUCAUUCAAAAUGUGGCUGCUCACUGUAUUCGCUGUUAUUGCGCUUUAUGAAUGCAUUAAACAGUUGAUUGCGUUGAUAUUGCAACAACGUUGUCGCUACUCGAUGUUGUUGCUCUUCUCGCUGUCGAUAUUUUCACACUAUUAUGCCUGGUGGGCGUACAUAAAUUACUACAACGAUGACUAUUACCAGCAAUGGAACCAUCAGCUAUUUUUUACGGUAACCGAAUUGAUAUCUUCCUUGCUGGUCAUGCAUCUCGCGAACACUACUAACACGGUCACAUCGAAGAAAGUAUUCUGCAUUGUUGGCAUCGCCAUACUGCACAUCACAGCCAGCAGUUUCGACCAGUUCUUCAUGAAUGUGGUGCGUGGCGAAGGUUAUGCACAUCAAAUAGUACGAGAUAUCGGCUUCAUGGUGCCAGAUAUACUGCAAUUAAUCAUACCAUUGUGGCUCUUCCGCAAGACGCGCAAGGAAUCGUACACAACGCGUCCCUUUUACCGAGACCGCAAUCUGCACAAAGACAUUGUGGCGAUGUUAUUCUUCGUGCUGGCGCUCUUUGUUGUCUGUACGAUUUUGUGAGAUAGAAUUUUCCAAUACCUGCAGAUGAUGAAUAGUGAGGAGGAAGCGCGCGCAACGAGACGCAUGAAUCUGAUGGCUCGACUAUACUUCAAUGUGUAAGGUAAAUAAUGUAUAUACUAUACAUAUAUACGUCUGUCUGAGUUACAGCAACAACAACCAAGUGUUGAAUUGAGCUGCACGCGUUUGUUGGUGGAUGCCGCUGAAGAGUUCUGAGCUUGCGGUGACACACUUUUUGCUGAAACUAAACGUUGGCGUGUAAGUCUAGAUGUAGUUAGUUUUAGCAACAAAUACAAACAAAAUAUAUAAAAUACGUACUUAUUUACUUACAUAUAUAUAUACAUAGAUAUAUAUAUUUACAUAUAUUAGUGUAGACCGAAGAACAAAGUUUUCCCCUCUCUAACCUUGUGAUAACUGUGUUUCUUUGAUAUCCUUAGAUUUUAACAAAUUUAAUCAUAUUUUAUUUAAUUUUCUUACCUGUAGUGAUUAUUAUUUAGGUUCCUUAGGAAAAAUGUUAUAUAAUCUAAACAAUAUUUAAUAUUAGAAGAGAGAGGGUGUUUAGCUGUCAUUCACAUACAUACAUAUAUGCAUUUUGUCAAAUAUUUUUAAACACUGAGUUUCAUUUCUUUAAAAUACUAUAGCACAUUAUUACAUGCAUCCGCAGUCACACACUCUGUCUUUUCUUACCUUUAUAUGACUCACCUCUACAUCCUUAUCCAGUCUGCAGAAACCAGAAUUAAUGGCGCGGUUGUUGAGGCCCAUGAUAUUGAAUCGGCGUACGCCAGCAGCUGUACACUCUUA